GUGCGACAACAGGCGGUUCUUCUGGCCCUUUUCCGCGACUGGGUGUCGUUGUCGAGAGAAGAGAAGCUAAAGACGAACUCAGCAAGAAAUUUGGCAACUGCAGUCCAACGCUUCUCACUUGCUCUUCGUCGCAUCUUCGUGGAGAACGGCAAAGAUAUGAUUGUACAGACAAGACACUUGAAAAGUCGUUGAGAGGCUGCUCGUCCAGAGGCGGCUCACCUCCCAGCAAACUCCCGCAUCAUGGGAGACAGGUUUACAAGCCUCCCCAGAGGAUCCCGCCGCGUCCGCCACCUCUACCGGGGAUACCUACAAGGGGCGAGCGAGCAGCACAAUUCGACCAGCCAGGGCUCGUUGUAGCUUGCGACAGAGAACGAGCAGACACGUCAGCUGGCAGAAAUUCGACAGUGACUAGCGGCUCUGCCGAAAGUGAGGCCGCGCUUCCCGUCAGCUCCGUAGUGACAGCCGCACAUCAAUCGUCGUCUUCAUCAACUGCGACGGCAUCUGCUCUUGGCUCGGAAAUUUUGCCAAAGAGUAAUCAGGGGCUCGGAUUGUACACUCGACCACACCCCUUUGUUCCUCGAGCGCAUGAGCACACCCCAUUUCCUGACGAUGACAUCGAUCGAGCUCUGGCUGAGCUCCUGAACGUUGCAGAGCCUGAAUUGCGUGACUUGUAUAUGACCUUGGAGCGCCUGCGUCCUGGAAAGUACGAACUUGACGGUCGUUGCGUGCAUAUUGAGCUGGUCCCGGUAGCGGAUAUUCCAAAACAAGAGGUAGGCCGCGAGGACGCGUCGACAAGCGCCGUGGUCAGCGAUGAAAGUGCGCAUGCCAAGUCCCCACCACACACAAACGCAUACAUGAGGAGCUCAGAAGACAUCAAUGGCAGCCAUCAACUCAUAGUCACUGAUGGGCCGCUGCGGCAACCCGUGCCAGAAUAUCUUCGAGCGACUGACCGCGAAGCCAAAUACUCCUUCGUUGAAGCGCAC